AUGACCAACCAUAAUCCUCCUCUGCUCGGACAAGAUAUCGAUGGCGUUCUUAUUGCAGGACCCGACAAGGCGAUACGGCCGAAGCACUUGCUCGAUCUGCCCGUAGAAAUCCUCAACGCUAUCUUAAGAGAGGCAUGCCUGAAUCACACUAAUGACCUGACUUCUCUUGCUCUCUGCCAUUCGACACUUCAUGCUCUGACUAUACCUUUUAUCUACAGCAGGUUUGACAUCGUCUGGCCUGAUAAUGCUACUGGUUCAGAGCCCCGAGCUGGCGUCGAUGCUCUCACUUAUGGCCUCUCUACCCUGGUCAUGGCAGAGGAGGUAUUCGCCAGUCGUCGUGGUCAAUCCAUGGACCAACGGAUAAGAAGACGCCGCGGCAACCACUUUGCUUCCUUUACCAAAAAGUUCUCGUUAGGCAACGGUCCAUCAGAGUGGGUCCAGGAUUACCUCAUCACAAAAGAGGGCGGCAAGAUGCUCGGUACUCUUGUCGCACUAGCAAUCGCUCGAAUGCGAAGUCUCGAGUCUUUCACAUGGGAUAUGCCCACUGGCGUACUUAGUGCUGUAUGGGACGCCCUCUCGUCAUUAGCCGACCACGAAGACGACAAGCCUUGUCGUUUAGAACGAGUCGCUGUUCGUUGGCACGAUAACUAUGCCGAGCCUCAUAGUCCCCCUGUCCAUGUCACACGCCAACAAGGCGAUGCACCUCCUCGCUUGAGUGCUUUGAACCAUGUCGAGAAUCCAUCUUUCUCUAUCCUGCCUCCACUAAAAAGUUUAAGUGUGCUAGAUAUCGAUGAAGUUCAGUACCUCGACGAGCUGAGUGUUCUCAUUCAUCGCUCGGUUGACAAGCUACGUGAGUUGCGGAUUGGAAUCGCAAAUCUUGCGAAACACAGAGAGUUCAACUACGUUUGGGAAGGAGAUGAUGUCCAACAAGUCGACCGAGCCAAUCCUGUCUUGUCAUGCAUCACGCUUGGUGAAAAGCGUCUGGGCGGUGUUCUCGGAAUCUUGACAGGCAUGAUCUUCGACCUGCGAUCUGUUGAAUCUCGGGCUGGACGAUCGAGUCGACUAAGGCGAAGGUCUAACGUGACAAUCGGCACCUCACAAAUCUCAAGCGCCCUCGACAACACAUCGGAUACAUCGACUAUUAUUCCCGAUAGUGGUCUUCUGAGCUCUGAAGAAGCAGCACUAAGCACAACGCAGUCAUUAUUAGAAGUCGGCGCUGACGAUGAAAUGAUGAUCAGUGUUGAGCACAUUCAGGCUACUCCCAAGACUUCGAUAUCCGGAUCAGCCACACAUGAGCACUCGAGCACUACCAUUGAGCAACCUUCAAUCUCACUGCCUUAUCGUCUCAAGGAUUCACCGGACACACAAGGCAAGAGUUCUUCUCAAGAAAAUGACGACCAGGCAUCAGAAUUAUCCAAAAAGCUCCUGCUAGACGCACUCGAGCUGGAAGAUGUGCCCUUGUCAAUUCCUGUGAUGCUAAAUGCCAUUGAUUGGUCCGUCUUGACAACUCUCACCUUGCUCCGCUGCUACAAUCACGAGCUUUUAUGGAAAGCUUUGCGGCGCCAAUUCGCGUCUAGUCCGUCUACUAAGCCAAGAUAUGUGACGGGAAUGGUCGACCCCAUCUCACAUCCAUCGAGCAGACACUCAAAGUCAGAGAAGACAUACAGUUUGAAUCUGAAACACAUCUCCACGGAUGAAGUUACACCCUCAUUGAUCUCGUUCGUCAAGGAGACACUUCGACCAAACAGUCUGGAAUCGGUGUUCUUCUUGCACACUUCUUCGAAUCCUGCAAGCGUGCCUUUGGACUCCAUAUUUAAUGGGGUUAUACGCAGACAUAGGACUAGUUUGAGCAAACUCUUGAUUGAAAGCGGCGAGAGAAGUGUUGUAGAGUUACCAGGAGCCGGCGUAAUUUGGCGACAGUGGAUGUUCACUCGUGAGAUCAUCAAAUUCUUGGGGAAGAUGCCAUGUCUGAGGGAGCUGGGGGCUGUGCUAGACUAUCGCGAUUGGCACUAUUUCUUGCAACGCCUUCCAUCUCUGCCGAAACUCCGAUCGCUAUACAUACCUUAUCUUGUUAACCACAGCCAAUCAAGCCUCCCGGAUGCCAGGGAACUAGCACUCCAAGUUGUGGACAUUGUGACGCUUCGCCCAGAAUCAUGCCUCUGCUACCUGGGCAUCAUGAAGAAGUGCUUUGAGAUACUGGAACAAAAACCGGGCUCGAGAAGCACAGAUCGCAGCAGAAUUGGGCCCGAGGAUGACUCUGACAGUGAAGACGAAGACGACGAGCAUGAGGGCUCAGAUGACGAAGACUUCGAAGACGGGGACAACGAGGACGAUAUUGACAGUGAGGAUGCGGCCUCUGAUACAACUGACUCCUAUGUGGACAGCGAACUUGGUCUGUCCGACAACGAACAGGAUUUACCGACGCUCAGACUGCGAGAGAUCCGCUAUUACGAUGACAAGGUGGCUGUUUUCAAGGCCAGGCAUGCAAGGCUCUGA